AUGCCUGAUGGGCAGCACUCAGAUCCCGAGGGUCCCCCGCGAUUCCCUCCCCAAACCCAGACAUACGUGUAUCCAAGCGCGACCGGUCAGAAUGGCCUCGAAAACGACUCUGGAGAUUCAGCUCCCGUAUCGGGUCGCUCAUCAUUCUCUUACUCGAGGAACUACGCGACACCAGCAACUGGUGCACAGACCCCAGACCCGCUAAUGGGCCAUACUGUUGUUGUUGAUAAGCAGUCGUUAAAAAAUGUCUCGCAAACCAUCACCAGUCUUGGUCCAGGUGAAGAAAACGCACAUGAACUCGACACGCUCGGACAUCGGUUAAAGAACCGAAAGCCCUCGGUAUCCCGAUCCUCGGAUUUUGCCGACGAAGCGGCAACGCCGCCGAGCCGAGCGAGGCAAGGUGUACCACCAGAAAUCUCGAGCUUCACGGCAGAGAUUAUUCUUGUCAUGGUUUGUUCUGCCGGUCUUAUGCUGUUUUCUUUCUUCCUUGGUGAUAUGCUUGCCCCACAGGAACAGUUGAAGACUGCGCUCGGCAUCACCAACACUCAACUGCCUUGGAUUGUUGGUGCAUUCAAUACCGCCAACGGCCUAUCGGUCGUGAUCUCUGGAUCCCUCUCGGACUUAGCUCCGCCCAAAAGCCUAAUGGUAGGCGCUUUCGCUUGGUUAACCACCUGGAACAUUGUCGGAGCUUUCUCUUUGCACCCAUCACGCUAUAUUCUUUUCUUUGUCAUGCGAGCCAUGCAGGGUCUUGCUAUCGGUGUUUUGGUUUCGGGAAGCAUGAGUAUCCUAGGCCGAGUUUAUAAGCCUGGAGUUCGGAAGAAUCGCGUGUUCUCUGCUAUGGCGGCGUGUUGCCCCUUCGGCUUCUCUCUUGGGGCAAUUCAAGGAGGUGCUCUUUAUCAACACCUUCCAUGGAUCUUUGGAACAAACGCCAUUAUUUGCGCUAUCUGCGGCGUAGCUGCAUACUUUACUAUUCCACCUUUGAAGCCAGUGGCCGAUGUUGCUGGGACGGAAGCACCGACUCUACGGCAGUUUGAUUAUAUUGGAGGCGCAUGUGCUUCUGGAGGCUGCGUGUGCUUACUCUUCGGGCUUACACAAGGCCCGGUGGCUGCAUGGUCCCCAUACACUUAUGUCCUCAUCAUUGUUGGUCUUCUUCUAUUGUGUGGUCUCUUUUUCGCCGAGCGCGCCGCCAUCCGACCUCUCAUCCCCAACCGCCUUUGGUCAACACCGGGAUUCACCCCGUUAAUGAUUGCUUAUUUCCUCGGCUUCGGCUCCUUCUUCGGCUGCUGGCAAUUUUAUGCAAUUCAAUUUUGGCUACGUAUUCAACACGCUACCCCCAUCGCUGUGGCAUUGUAUCAUAUCCCCAAUGCCGUUGUCGGAGUCUUUGCUACAUGGAUCGUGAGCCGCACUCUGCACGUUGUUCCGGGCCACUAUAUCUAUGCGGUUUCUAUGUUCGCAUUCACUAUGGGGCCUGCUUUCUUUAUCCCUCAAACUGCGGGCACAACUUACUGGGCUCUUUCAUUCCCCGGUAUUGCGCUCGUGACAUUUGGACCUGACCUGGCUUUUGCUGCAGCCUCGAUCUUUAUCACGAGCAAUGUUGCCCGGUCUUACCAGGGAAGCGCGGGUAGCUUAUUGGUGACGAAUCAGAAUCUGUCAUCUGCGAUUAUGACUAGUCUCGCUGAUGCGAUUGGCACCCGGGUUAGUAAAGGUGCUGAUGGACAGGUUGGCCUCGAAGGACUUAGAGCUAUUUGGUGGUUUGCUAUGGGAGCACAGUUGCUUGCCCUGCUUGUGACAGUUGUAUGGGUGCGGAUUCCCAAGGAGGAGGAGAAGGAGCAUGUUACAUGA